UUUCGGGCAGCUUCGGGGCUAUACUCCAAUAGUGCACCGAGUGGCUUCAACUACUGCCAACUUCAUCUACCACUUGCUUGGCGCCUAGACUUGACGCCUGGUGUCCAACCACCGCUACUUCUGACACUAGUAUUGCGGCGCCUGCGAUCGGAGUCUUAUUGGUCAGCGUUGACGCCGUUUGUUACUUAGUUUAAACUGCUUGCCUCGUCAAAGAGCGCAGUGACGACCCCAGCCGUGGACUGGCGAACAGGCGCCAUCCAACUUACUCAGUAGCGUAGCUUCCACGGUGGCAAAUUAUUCCAUCGAACUUGGCGCGUCAAUUUGUAGCAGCAAAAGGACUAUGGGCUCCAAGAUUUAUGGCAUUGAUGACUGUAGAGGGCGACGCGCAUCUGAGGAGCUCCACCUUCCCGUUCUACCCGGCGCCUGGGCACUCGGCGACGGAUUGGAUGUACAACUGCUGGAGGAAUUUCGCUCCCGCGGUCGCGUGCAAUCACCAGCACCUCCGCGGCAGUCCGGGAGCGGGUCGCCCAGCGUUUGGUCUAGCCUGCUGGAGUCCCUGACCGGCGCCCUCGACCUCUCUGGAGGCUGGGAGUACAGCCGAAGCGACGGCAACAGGCAAACCGCAUCAAGCAGUGGCAGUGGCGGCAGCGCAGGUGGCGGAGGCCCUGCCAACAGCAGCACGGGCACCGGCGGCGGCGCCGACGGGGUUGUGCUAAUCAGCAGCGGCACCAGGUCGGCUGGCGGCGGCCUGAUGCACCGCUCCUGCUCCAGUAGCGUCGUCCCGUCGGUCGCUUCAGUGGCGACAACAGCUGCGGAGGCGCCGGCGCCGCUGGGCCGCACCAAUAGCGGCGGCGGCACUGCCGCGGCAGCCAGUGCCUCGCGGCAUUACGACCGUCUGCUGCUGCGCCCAGGCCGGACCGGCAGCGCCGGCAGCAGCGCCGCCGCCAGCGCGCGCACCAGCGCAUGCGGCCUGCCGUCCAGUGCCGCCAGCAGCGGCAUGGGCAGCGCCGCCACCACCUGCAGCGGCAUGAGCUCCGCCACCAACAUCGCCGGUCUGAGCCUGAGCGCCGGUGGCGGCUACAUGAGCACCUCAGCCUCCACGCCCAUCGCCGGCCGCUGCACGCGCAGCAGCGGCAGCGGCGGCUGCACCUCCGGCGGCAGCGCCAGCGCCAGCGGCGCCAGCGCCGUGACGUUUGGUUACCUAGCCUCGCUGCCGGCCAGCGGCUGCGCCGACCGCGACCUCAUAGACUCGGUGCUGGCGUCGCCGCGCGACAGGCUGCUGGGCGUGCCGGCGCAGGUGUCGGUGUGCAAGCAGGACUGAGCGGCGCGCCCGCCAGUACGUGGUUCGCUGUCUGCGUCCUGCAGCAGCAGCGGCAGGGGCAGCGGAGAGCUCGUGCGGCAGAACGGUGGCAGAACGCACCCACUUGACCGCGUGGCAGGGCCCCGGCAGGGGCGUAUUGCAGUAUGGGUUCAGGCUCCGGGAACGGCGUGCGCGCUGGGCACUGGGCGGCGUGCCAGGAUGGCCGCCUUGGUCUGUGGGUGCGAGGGAGCUUGACGCUGCCGUUGUCUGCAGGGGUGUCUGCAGUCAGCAGGGAGGGCAGGUGUGUCGCAGGGCGCGACGUCAAGGUCACUUGCAGCUCGCUGUCGUACUACAUAAGACAUUUCUCAUGACAGUUUUGGCGCGCCGUCAGGUGCAACCAUGUGUUUGCUCGACACAUCGUGCUUGCUGCUAGGUAACUGAUGUUUUAGGCUGGAGCACCGGCAGCCAUGUGGCACGAGUGCACCCGCAGUUGACUUAACUGACGGCGCUUAUGCGGUGAAUGAGCAUUAUCUUCCGUUUCCUACUGUUCUCUUCUCUUCCUCUGGGCAGGUGAAACUGACCUGGUUUGCCUGCCGUCUCUCUUUGUAUUUGCAACAUAAUGAACGAAGUCGCGCUGAAACCUCGCGCACUUAGUAAAGUCGAUACUGAAAGUAUGACAUGAGUGGUUUUGCGGUAUCAUCAAUGCCGGCGAUCCGGGCACCAUUGCGGCGUUGCAGUGGGUGCUAUAUGGAAGCCGAGAACCGUGCUUUUUCGCACGCAAGUGCAUGGCAUUGUUUAGAAUCGUUUGGGUAAAUAGGCAGGUGCGAUGAGGGGUGCGCAGCUCCAUGCUUCCGCGGAUGCUGCACAAGCGAGGGUGAAAUGGCCCCUGCUGACAAGGCAGCCAUCCAUGUGCGUGCACGGAAGCCAAAAUGCUAGAGCGGUUUGUGGUUGAAAGUCUUUUACUUGGAUGUCCGGGUUGGUGGCCUUGCUAACGGUCUUAGAUGUAUUGCUGCAUUGUCCAGGGGUUUGCUUGGCGACGGCCCAUGACCGAUCCAUGAGCCUUCGCCGGUGUGGAGGGCGGGGCUCUUCACUUGCAGUGUAACCUUACUAGGGGCACUGGCAUCGCAAGCAUGAAAAGAUCAAGGGCGUUUGCAGGCGUGUGAGGGAAGGCUGCAUGUCCGUGCUGCGUGGUCGUUUUUGCGGAAUGCGAACGAGCAUGAGCUAGUAGCGCGCUAGAUGUUCUUUGACGUAACCCGCAUGAAGUGAUGAAGGAUGAUAGCAUGAAACGCACGCGGUGCAUGCCGUCAGGUUCGGCCCUAUGGCGGUCCAGGCAAAGGGACAGCAAUACUACAUGCACGCACGCAGAAUGGCCAUAUUACUGCGGACGUGUACCAUGUGUAGUAAAUGCAGUAUGGCCUGGCUUCAUGGCAGAGAAAGUAUGUUGUAUCCAAGAAGGGUGACUGCCGGUGCUUAGGGCGUGGUCCUUGCCACAUGCGCGGCUGUUGCAAAGGCUGCUCCUUUGGUUGUGAAGGCGAGUCGGACGCCUGUCGACGUGCAGGACGUGUUUCCAGGCUGCACCGCCGGACGUGCGGACGUGUGGUGCACCUGCCUUGUCACCGCGGAGCCACGGUGCAGGACGUGGGCCCAGGUUGCCAGUGUUCCGUGCGAGGAGGCGGAGGAGCAAUUGCGACGCUAAUCGCUAUGAGGCGCAAAGCAGUGUGGGCUUCGGCACUUUGAAUCUGUGAGUGAUGAUUUCUCAACGUGACUUUCAAGCCACUCAUCUCGCAUGAAGCCAUAUCUGACUGCGUAAGGU